UGCACUGCUGCACUAAUAUGGACACCAGGCAACAGCAAGGCAGCGAUAAUUUAAUAUCGCCGGACAAUAAUGAGCAACAUGCAGUAGCAGUGUUUGACAGAGUUUUUAAUGCAUUGCAACGUGCCAGACGAGAAUUAAUGGCUACCACAUCUUCAAAUGGUACUGACGGUACAAACAUUUUGACUGCAACAAGAACACUUUUCAGGAGACGCAGAAAUCAAGCUCAAGGCACAUCCACCGGAAGAGGCCACUCAAGCUGGCAGGUGGGCCUCUUUCUCCUCCCAGGACCAGACCUUCAGAAACUUCCAUCUUUGUCUGACCGGCAUGCCCUGACAAAUAAUGGAUUAGGAGUUCCAGCGAAGGAAGUAGCUGAUUGCCAAUUGUCCACAAUUGAUUUAAACUGGAGCCUGACAGAUUUAAAUAAUUUUGUUUGUCAGAGCUUCCCUAUGAUUAGUUUGAACCUGGUGGGUUUUGAGUUGGCAAAAGUAGACAAGGGGAAAAAAAUCAAGAAGGUACAAGCAAGCUCUGUGCGAGAUCUGAAGAAGAUUGUGGGAAAAAGCAGACUUUAUGUUGUCCCUCGUGCUGAAGUGGGCCAGGGGUCGCUAUGGGGAACGCCUUGA